AUGCUGCCAUCACGUGGUAGACGCUGCAAUCCAUGUCAAGGUCAUCAGAAACGAACCAAAAUCAAAGAGCGGCCCAUGGCAGGAUUCUGCCUUCUAGAGAAAGUGGCAAUGGCUGCUGCAAGAAAUAAGAAUUUUGGUUUGUCUUCUCUCGCGUCUAGGAGAAAGCGGAAUGAUCUACUGUUCUUCCACAAGCUCAUCCACAAUGAUAAUUUCAAACUUGAAAGCUUUGUGUCGCUUAGGGCAUCUGUUACACGUGGUGGUACUAUCAAAUACAAUGUUGACGUUAUUUUUUUUACCCAUAGAACUGUUCCUUUGGUCGAGAAGUUGAGUAAGAUGCAACCAAUGUCAAUACGUUACAACGUUCUCAAAAAGACUUUAGACAAAUGCCAGAGUUCAUUAGGCCUUGCA